CCACGGUGGAGGAGCCGAGGAGAAAGAAGGGGAGCUGGGCCUGGUCGAAUCCGGGGGUCCUUCCGUGCCAGGCCGAGCAACCCCCCACGCCGGCGAGCCAUCACGGUGAGGCAAUCCACCAAAGCACCAAGGCGCCAAGCAGGCAAGCAACCCACACAAAAGACCUUGUCCGUGGCGCCCACGGUUUUAGACUCUCGGUUCCUUCCCCCCACGCCCGAAGCAACCGCUCCCUCCUCACCAAACCGCCCCCCGACCCCCAAAACCGCUCUGAGCCGAUGGAGGCGGAUGCGGCGGCGGACGAGAGGGGGAAGAAGGGCGCGCCCGGCGGCGGCGGCGGCGUAGGGCUGGAGUGGGAGCUGGAGCGGCAGUACGGCUUCGAGCGGGAGAUGAUGCUGAUGGCCGCCGCGGCGCCGGGCGCCGGUCCGCCGCCGCAGCAGCGGCAGCGGCAGCGGCCCUUCACCGCCGAUCUGCUCCAGAACUGCGACCUCCCUCCUCCCGCCAAGCUCUUCGGCCCCGUCCCGACCCUGCAGAGGUUGGAGAGCGCGGCGGGGGCGGACCAGAAGAGCGGCGGCGGCGUGGGGAGCAACGACAGCCUGUUGCGCGCGCUGCGCCUGUCGCAGUCGCGCGCGCGGGAGGCGGAGGAGAAGCUGGCGGCCGCGGGGGCCAGCAACGGGGAGCUCGCGGCGCUGCUGGUGCGGGACUCGGUGGCGCUGUCCGCGCACCGCCGGUGGGUCAUGAUGCUGGAGGCCGAGAACUCCCUGCUCAGAGGCGGCGGCGGGCGCGGCGCGGACCCGGGCCCGGACGACGACGGCGACGGCAACGCGUGGCGCAGCGGCGGCGGCGGCGGGGUGGCCGCGUGGUGGGUCGCGCUCGCGGUCUGCGUCGGCAUCGCCGGUGUCGGGCUCGCGCUCGGCAGGCUCCUCUGCUGAAGCCCCCCGGAUUUUGUAAGCGGGAACUGCGGAUCGGAAGAUCAAGUCCACCACCUCAUCCCGGGUUAGAACAGUUCAUCGGCAAUGCCAAUGAUAAGGUCACGCAAGUUCUUCGGAAAAUAUCACAGCUCGGUAAGAAAUUGUGAUGGAUGAUUAAGCAUUCUCUUCCCCUGCUGUAAAUCGGGGAGGAAAGUAUGAAACGAGCCUAGUGUAAAUACUAAAAAGGAUUGGACUAGAAGCUGUCGUGUCCAUCACUGCACACGCUUUCGUGAAAAAGGGGAAAGGAGAACAAUCUCAUGGUCGGAAUGGGGCCUUUCAGGU